AUGUACUCCUCAGACAAUAACACGGCCACCUUACGUGGAAAAUGCGAUGGAUGUGACACGAGUGUGCAAAUCCCAACAUUGGACGUAAUCGAAAUCAUGGGCUACGACUUCUAUCCCCAGUUCACCACCUUCACGCUGAAUGGAUUUAAGAUUAAUAUUGACACUCAGUCGUCAAGCUAUCUUCCGCUAUCCCGUCGGCUCUACAUUAAGACGAAGAAUCUGAUCAAUCUGUCUAAUGCUGAUGCCUUCGAACUCUCUUGGACUCAUCAGGCGAUCGGGGAAAAUUACUUCUAG